AUGAUUAACUUGCACACAGCUGACCUAAACUAUUUGUGAAAUCCAUUUGACUUUAUUCGGCAGUAAGCAUUUGUCAGAGUCGCAUGGGUUUAUCUAUUUUGUAGGGAAAUGGGUGAACCAAAAUGUUUGUUUUUUGUUCUAUUGAUUUGGUGUCUCGGCACAGUACACGGCCAAGGUUACUCCAUUUCAGCACAAGAUUCCCGACAAAGCUGCCCAAAACCCCAACUGAAACAAGGUUAUUUUGGCUCGGAUGAAGAAAUGUACCAACAUGGCACGGAACUUUACUAUGCCUGCGAUAAAGGUUGGAAACCUGCGGUUGAGGGGUGGUGGGCGAUGGUUGAGUGUGAGAACAGAAAAUGGUCCCACACACCUCAGUGCAUAGAUGAGAACAACUGCAUUGCUCCAGAUAACCCUAAUGCUAAAGUGACAACCCCUGGGGUGAAUGGAUGGUAUCCCAAUGGAAAACUAGUUAGGUUUGAAUGUGAUGAAACAUAUGAAAUUAAGGGCCCUAUCACAGCUACGUGUGAGAAUGGGACUUGGACAACAUUACCACUGUGUGAAGAAGAAAAUGUCUUGUGUGGACAACCUCCUCCUGUGACCAAUGCAGUUAUCACUCGUGAAUAUCGGGAGAAGUUUCAAGAAGGCUCUAAGAUAAAUUAUAAAUGUCGGGAUUCAUAUACUUAUGAAGGAACUGACUCUAGCGUUUGCCAAUCUGGAGAUUGGACCACAAGUCCCAAAUGCAUUCAAACUCCAUUCUCCACAGAGAGGGCCAGCACAGGUGAAGGAGGCAGCAGUACUUCGAGUGACAGAGGAAAUGGUGGCACAUCUAGCGGAGGGGACCACAGCACAUCUAGCGGAGGGGGCCACAGCACAUCUAGCGGAGGGGGCCACAGCAGAUCUAGCGGAGGGGGCCACAGCACAUCUAGUGCAGGGGGCCGCAGCACAUCUAGCGCAGGGGGCCACAGCACAUCUAGCGGUGAUGAGGCCUCAGCCAAUGUCAGACCCUCUGCCAGACCACAACCUGGUGGUCCAUUUUUACCUGUUGAUAGGUGUGGAGAGAAGCCAACAGUUGAUAAUGGGGAUUUUAUCAGUGACUCUGACAGAAAUCGUAUGGCACUGACCUUCACAUGCAUUAACUAUUAUAAACUUGUGGGCCCAGAGCAAGUGAUGUGUCAUAAUGAUCAAACGUGGUCAGAGCUCCCCAUUUGUAAAGCUCCCUGUACCAUUGACAAAAGGACUUUUUACACGCUGGAUCUUCCAAAAGACAUGUUUGUGAAGGAAGGAGAGAGUCAGACAUUUCUCUGUAAAAAAACUGAUUCUUGGGGACGACCUUUUGUUGCUGAUGUUCGAUGUCAGAAUGGACAAGGGGCAAUUGGCAGAUGUGCCUUGGGCUGCAAACUGGACACAUGGAAUUACCAUUGGCUGGAUCUUACACAGGAUAUGUUUGUAAAGGAAGGACGUCAGACAUGGAACUGUAAACAAACGGAUUACAGGGGUCGUCGUCUUGUUGCAAAUGUUGAAUGUCAUGAGGGAUAUUUAACCGUACGCAAUUGUUCCCUUUAAAACUAAUAUUGGGCCUGGUGAAUCAAUGCAACAAACCCAAAGCUGCAGCAAAUCCCCUGGAAGAGAGGACUUCCCACGUUGGCCACCAAUCAAGAUCAUGAUGUGUUUGAUAAAGUUGCUUUUACAUUUGGUUCAUGAUAUGGAAUCUGUCUCAUAACACAGGGGGUUAGUAGGGGAGCAGAGAGGAAAGGAGGCCCACCAUCUUAGGAUAGGAGGCUGUCUGACAAGAUUCAGACAGUCAUUCUGAAUGAUUCAAAAGAAAUGGAAAAUACAUGUUGAACAUAAUAAUGGGAAGGUUGAUGAAACAGUUGAUCAGCAAAACAUUUGAUAUUCAUUUAAAGCAGCAAACUACUGUUAGUCAAUGGGAGUCAAAUCAAUAGAAUGUACAGUAUACAAUGGACAUGGAUGCAUGUCGAAAAUGUCAUGGCUUGGAUCUAUAAAAGAUAUAUAAUUAGA